AUGUAUACCUCGAUGCCGAAGGUCUCUCUCAAACGAAAAACCCCUCCUGUUGUUAUUGAACACCCAGAUUGUUUCCUGACGCUCGGUGAACGCCGCCGGAAAAUGGAGACGGAAAGGAAGAGGCUGCCCAGCUUUGCCUCUGCCGUAAAUGAGGGUCAGGCAGAGGAGUAUCUUAAAAAAGCUUACCUCGUCUGGUUUCUUCGCUUUCCUGAGGUAGAGCUGGAGAUCCAGGUCGAAGAGUCUUUCAAGGAUGACCCUGGUUACGAAGCGCACAUCAUCAAGGCACGCGAAAAGUUGAUUAGGACAAAGUUGGGAUGGUCGACUUUCCUCUUCCCUUCGCGUCCCGCCAAACAGGAAUUGGAAGAGGGGGCAACUGUGCAGUGGGAGAAGGACUUAAAUGCCGCCAUCCAGGAAAUUUUGGACGAGCUGCCGACCACUUGGAACCCCGACAAGGAUAUCACGUUCGUUAAACUGGAGCAUGCCGUCGCGUUGUCAAGGGCUCGUGAGGAGGGGAGUCUUACAUACCUAUUCACUAAGUCAAGGGCAAAGUGCUCGCCCUUGACUUGUUGGAAAAAAAAAGCAAGGUUAUCAAAAGGUUAUGGGAAUAUCUUGCUUAUGAAGCGAGCUCGCUUCCAUAAGCAGAAAUCACCAACCAUGCCAAGACGACGCCGAGGUGGAAAGAGUGGUUAUGUGGUGCUCCGUGACACAGAUCCAGGCGAAGACGACAUCGCCAUUCCACAAGCACGCACCGUCACUCUUUCAGCAAACCACCACCGUAUCCAGCAAACUCCAUGCUCACCUCAGAAGUCAUGCCGUUUCGCACAGCCAGCUCCCUGUUACCAUUGGAACCCAAGUCCUCAGUACGACCUUCAAGAGUUGGACGAUAGUUCUCAGCAUGCCCACAUCUCCGAGUUUACACCAGCACAAGCUUCAGAUGUGGCUGCCAAGGUUGCUUCAAAGCGAUAUCCAACCGCGGAUGCACCUCUUCAAGAGUGGUCUGGGAGGACCAAGGAAGAUCCAGGCUUCCGGGAGGAGUUUUUAUUGGAGAUGUUGAGGUCAGAGGGCCAUGGUGACUCAAGGGGGGGAACGUCAAGGCACAAGGACCUUCUGCUUCACAUUAUAUGGAAGUGGAACAACGUGUAUUUCCAAAAGAUUUCGCUGAAAGCUAUGGGCUUACGUGUGCAGUUGGGCCACGUCAACUCAUCUUGUGUUUUGCCGGUUCCUGCGCAUAAAGACUUCAUUGUCUUGCACACGAAUGGCCUUCAUUAUGUUGCUGUGGACUUCUGUGGUUGCAAUGAGCGAAUCCCCCAUCGUCAACAGCUCUUGCGGUGCGAAUGGUUUCCCGCAACGGUCUACCAGCCCCAAACCUGCGCGACGUUCCAACUUCUAGACCUCUUCCACAUCGUUACUUUGACGGGAAAACUUUCCGCGCAUGAAUUCUACAAGUCGCUCGAACACUUAACAGACAAUCUCGAUAUCAAUGUUCCCAAGUAUAGGGCACUGAUGAGGAUGAUCCGAAUGUGGCGUCAUCUGAAGCUCAUGAAGCGUGCAGGUCGGGGAAACUUCGCUAACGGCCUCAUCAACACACAGGACGUCAAUAUACCUGAGGACUGGAAGGAUGCCCCACGGGAAUUAAAUGUCGCAAGGGAUCCGGGUUUACAUACGGGCCUGGCCUACUUCCCUGAUGAUGAACCGUAUCAUAAGCACAUGCAGCGGCUUCAAAACCCUAGCUCAUGCGGAAACGAAAUUCUCAGGAGAAAUGCGCUCGACCGGCGUGGAUAUUGCAAUAUGGACUACAUAUUGCUGGGUGCGCUCGCACCAAUCGCCUUACUCAGCAUUUUCAUCUCGUACGACAUCGCCUGUCAAUUCAAGCUCAAGUUUCACGAGCGAAUGGCCGAGUUACCGAAGGACGUCCAUGUCCCCGACAAUGUCUCCGUGGACUGGGGCAUCCCGAAUACCAAAGAGAUGGGACCCGGUUCGCGACACGACACCCUCGAUGACCACUUCGGGCAUCACAACUGGCGGAAGAAAGUUCGCUUGGGCAGGCAACAACAGAAAAUUUUUGAAGAUUUCUCUGCGUCGCUGCAAGAUCAGGUGUUUGUGCCGAAAUGGACGAAAAUGGUGGAGGAGUGGGAAAAGGACCCGUCAAAGUCAAAUCCUUACAUGUCAGUCGUUGCAAAUGCCUCUCAAGACGAUGUGAAGCGGCAGUUGCUAUUGGAAGAGAAGGAGUCCUUGAAGGCGGGCAUCCCACAAAUCCAUGACACAGGUCCCACAUCGUUCAUCUCGAUGGGCCUUUUAGUCGAAGAUGCUCACGAAGACCCCGCUAACUUUGUUAUUGUGCUUAGACGACGCAUCGCCUGGGACGCUUGGGCUGAAGAAGAACUUACAUUGAGCCAGAGCAACGACAUCCAACGUCGGCGGCUACUCCUGCACCGACAGCUGAAACAAUUCCGCAACCUACAGGCGGUCUACAUGCCUGCGGCAUCAUUGAUGAUGGCCCAGCAUGAUGAAGCACAGAAAGCUCUGCCAAUCGAGGAACGCGCUCAAGACGAGGUCGAAUAUCAUUUACUCUGGCUCCCCUCCGCUCUACCCGACGACCACAGGCUUCACAACUGCCGUGCCAAUCUCGUGACCAUCGAAACCAAACUACGCCAAGCCCAGUGCUACGAUACGCUAGAGAAGAUUCGAAGCCUGCAACGCGGCCGCCUCUCCUUCAUUGGCUUUCGCAACCGUAAUAUUCGUGGCCAAAACCCCAACACCCGAGCAUCGGAAACCAUCGCGCGAGUCGAGAUGAAGUGCAUGGCCCUCGCCGUCAAGUACCAUGAAGCGCGAGCAGCAUUAUUCAAGCUAAUAGGACCGGGGGCAUGGGAGAACGAGCUGAGGAUGCUGUCGCACAAGGAUCUGACAACUCCAGAUGGGACUGAGAUCAACAUUGAGGAUCCAAACGACGAAAUCGGGCCCGAUGGCCGGCACAUGCCCCCCAAACAACUUCACGCCAAGAAAGCACGAGCGCCCGCGAGCGAAGAUGCCCAUGUACACAAACGACCGCCCACAUACAAGGACGACCGCCCACCAACGAGCACAUAUGAAGGAAACGGGCGACGACGAGCCCAGUGUAGUCCUGUUGCUGUGUAUGCCAGGAUUGCCAAAGCUGUCCUCCUGGAACUGUUUUCUCUUAACCCUAACACAGUUCGUGAUCGUAUCAAGAGCAAGCUUGAAAGCCUUAAGAACAUCUACAAGAAACAUGCGAAGCGGCUCUGUCGGACUGGUGAAGGUGCUCAGGAAAAUGAGGAUGGCUCUAGUGAAGAAACACUGUCCUUCUACAUCAUGGAGGAAAUUGAAGCAGAUUUCCCCUUCUUUCCCACCCUUCACCGUAUCUGGGCCUCCCGUCCAAACGUCACUCCAAUUGUCAUCACCACAGCUCUUGGUCCACAUGGUUCAAAGACGGUCUGGUACCAGCCACCCGACAACAACAACAGUCAUGCUGACGAUAACAGUAACAUUGACCCCCAGUUGCUAAAUGACCCUGUCGCUACAGUGGCACCACAGCAAGAGCGGUCAUUUGGGAACGAUGCGGGAGGUUUGGUGAAUGCCAAUCAACAACCAAACCCUGCCACUCAACAACCAACACCAGAGACACCAGGGCCUCAGCGUGGCCCAAAGCCAUCUUCUGUCUCCUCUGACGCCAUCAAAAAUGCUUGCAAAGCUGUUUCAAAGCUCCUGCAGAAAUGUUCGCUUAUGGAUACUUUAAUGGAAAUUCAACGUGAGAACCUUGCAGCCAAGAAGGCUCAAAAUUGA